GUGAAGAAAACACUUUCCUCUGUGCAUUAGAGAGAGAAAGAGAGAGAGAGAGAAAGUUUUUCCACUUUGCUUCCACUCCUUUCUUUAUCCUCUCUCUCUCUCUCUCUCUCUCUUCUCUCUCUCUCUCUCUAGAUAUGUUGAAGGUCCCCUGUAAUGUGAGCGACCAAAUCCAUGUCCUCAACCAAUGUAGAUUCCUUGCUCCUCCCAGGCCCCUCUUCUCCUCUCGCCGCCGCAACGCCACCGUCCUAUCCUCUCCGGUCACCAGACCUCCGGUUCUGGCCGCCGUUGUCUCCGACAGGGGCGGCCUUGGCUCCGAGGCCUGUGUUCAGAGCGGCUCUGGAAGCUUGGCGGAUCGCCUCCGCCUUGGAAGCUUAGCCGAAGACGGAUUGUCCUAUAAGGAGAAAUUCAUAGUGCGGUGUUACGAGGUUGGAAUCAACAAAACCGCCACUGUUGAAACCAUUGCCAAUCUCUUGCAGGAGGUUGGUUGCAACCAUGCUCAGAGUGUUGGAUUUUCCACGGAUGGUUUUGCCACAACCCCCACCAUGAGGAAAUUACAUCUCAUAUGGGUAACCGCUCGUAUGCACAUCGAAAUUUACAAAUAUCCUGCAUGGAGUGAUGUGGUUGAAAUUGAGACAUGGUGUCAAGGGGAAGGGAGAAUCGGAACUAGGCGUGAUUGGAUACUAAAAGAUUAUGCCACUGAUGAAGUUAUAGGAAGAGCAACAAGCAAGUGGGUAACGAUGAACCAAGACACUCGACGACUUCAGAAAGUUAGUGAUGAUAUUCGUGAUGAAUAUUUGGUUUAUUGUCCCCGAGAGCUCAGAUUAGCAUUUCCUGAGGAGAACAGUAGUAGCGUGAGGAAAAUUCCAAAACUGGAAGACCCUGGUCACUAUUCCAGACUGGGACUAAUGCCAAGGAGAGCAGAUUUGGACAUGAAUCAACAUGUCAAUAACGUCACCUACAUUGGAUGGGUUCUGGAGAGUAUGCCUCAAGAAAUCAUCAGUAGCCAUGAACUACAGACAAUCACAUUAGACUACAGACGAGAGUGCCAACAAGGCGAUGUCGUGGAUUCCCUUACGAGCGUGGAGGAAGUCGAGAAUGGUCGUGAAGCAGUCUCAGAGCUGAAUGGAACAAAUGGUUACAUUUCCAGUGGCAACCAAGAUAGCCGCCAGUUUCUGCAUCUACUAAGGUUGUCAAAUGAUGGACUCGAAAUCAACCGAGGGCGCACCAAGUGGAGAAAGAAACAACAGAGAUGAGGGUGAUAGUUUGAUGAUCUAUAUGUUUCACUAUUUGGGAUAAUUUUUGCUUUCAUUUGUUUUCGCGUUAUCAUUUUCGUCGUUUCAAAUUUUGGUUGAGUUUCUUCUGUCAAUUGUUGGUACUAAAACUGUUAGUGUGGAGUCUAGAAUCAGUCCUUUAGAGUCAGCAAGUUGAAUAUAUGUACUUUUAGUAGGAUCAAGAACUAAAAGCAUAACUUAUUUUUAUUACCUUUAAAAAGUUUCAUUUGUGUUGUGAUGUGGAAAUUUGUUAGCAGGCAAUAAGAACCAAGAAUCGUCAACC